UUAAUAAAUCCAUUUCGACCUCAGAGUUUAGAGAAUAGGCCAAACAACCAACCACUUGAUUACAACAGAUUCAAAGAAACAUUGAGAAAACAAGCCCUUGUGAAUUGCCGUUGGAGAUUAUCCAAGUAGACAAAUUGCAUUAAUGCAUUUCUUUCCAGAUGCGAAAGACAGAACCAUGUGAAAUUUUGGUAGCUUGUCCCACACUUCAACACCACAAGUUUCAAAGAUUUUUCAGAGAGGAUUGCAACUCAUUAUCUUCAUUGAUAUUUCUAUAUAUACACAUAACUCAUUCUUUCUAUCAUCAACCAACAACAAGCAAUCCAAUAACUUUAUCUUUUCAUACAUCUCUUCAAAAGAAUUCGAACUUUCAAAAAACCAAGAAAUUAGAAAUGGCUUUGGUGAGAAGUCUAUUGGGUGCAAAGAAGAUUCUUGGACGAUCCGUAACAGCAACAGCUUCUACAAGCAAAAGAGCAACCAUGGCGGCACCACCUAAAGGGUUUCUUGCGGUGUACGUUGGAGAGAGCCAGAAGAAGAGAUAUGUGGUGCCAAUCUCAUACUUGAGCCAGCCUUCGUUUCAAGCUCUCCUCAGCAGAUCUGAAGAAGAGUUUGGGUUCGAUCAUCCAAUGGGUGGCUUAACCAUCCCUUGCCCUGAAGAUACUUUCAUCAAUGUUACUUCUCGGCUUCAUUGAUGUUUAUUCACCAUUUUGUUCUUAGAACUAGAGUUAGAUUUAUUCAUUGUAUAUAGAUGAAUCUUUACUCUUUCUUCUCGAAUGAGUUUUCCGGAAAGGUUAUAAAAUGAAUUCAGUUUUCAUGCAAUC